AUGGAUCAACCAAUUUAUCAAAAAUCAGAAGAAGUAUUUAAUGAUUUAGAUGAAACAGAAACACUUAUUUCUAAUGAAGAUAUAGUUUCUGUUGAUGAAUUUGAACCGAAUAAUUUAAUUAUUUUUGAUGAUUGUGUUUUAAAAAACCAAUCAAUAAUGAAACUAUAUUUUAUAAAGG